CAAGACAUGUUGCGGCCACGUCUUGUGCUCUUUGGUGACUCCAUCACUGAGCAGUCCUUUCGCCCCGGCGGUUGGGGAGUGGCCCUUGCCGACACCUACUCCCGCAAGGCCGAUGUUGUUGUCAGAGGCUAUGGUGGGUACAACUCGAGAUGGGCCUUGUUCCUGAUCCAGCGCAUCUUUCCCCUGGUUGGCUUACCACCCGUUGCUACGACUAUAUUCUUUGGCGCUAAUGAUGCAACGCUUCUAGGACGAACAAGCGAGCGACAACAUGUUCCAGUUGAGGAGUACAGACAGAAUCUCAAAACAAUUGUUAAUCAUCUUAAGGUGAAUUUGAAACAAAAUGAUAAUAAUGUUCCUCACUAG